AUGCCCAAAUUUGGGGUUCCCGGCCUCAAAGGAGAGCUCCCCGAUGUCGAUGUGUCGCUCCCGAAGGGCGAAGUCGACGUUUCCGCCCCCAAAUUCGACAUCGAUUUGCCCGACAUCGACGUGGACGCGCCGGGGGUGAAAGGGAAGGGGCUGAAAUUCCGCAUGCCCGAGCUGAACGUGCAGAGCCCCAACCUCGGCGUUCCCGACGUGGGCAUCAGCCUGAAGGGCCCCAAAGUGAAGGGAGACGUCGGCGCCCCGAAAGUCUCCGGGGAAAUCAGGGGACCCAGAGUGGACGUGGAGGGUCCCGGGGUGGGGGUCGAUGCGCCCGAGGUGGACUUAGAGUGUCCGGAAGGGAAAAUCAAAGGCCCCAAAUUCAAGAUGCCCAAACUGAACAUCAAGACGCCCAAACUGGGCAAACCGGACGCGGACCUGAACGUGAAAGGCCCCAAAAUUACGGGAGAAGUGGACGUUUCCGUCCCCAAAAUCGAGGGGGAGCUGAAAGGACCCGGCAUCCACGUCAAGGGGCCCGGGGUGGAGGUCCCUGACGUCGACCUGGAGUGUCCCGAGGCCAAACUGAAAGGACCCAAAGUGAAGGUGCCCCAUUUCAGCCUGUCGGGACCCAAGUUUGAGGGCGCCGAUAUCGACGUGAGCGUCCCCGGAGCGGAGGUGGACGUGGAGGGGCCGGAGGUGGAGGUGGGGGGAGCGGAAGGGAAGUGGAAGGGCCCCAAGUUCAAGAUGCCGAAACUGAACAUCAAAACGUCCAAGAUCUCCAUGCCCGACGUCGACCUGAACCUGAAGGGCCCCAAAGUGAAGGGGGACGUGGACGUGUCCAUGCCAAAGAUGGAAGGCGACCUGAAAGGCCCCGAUGUGGACAUCAAAGGCCCCAAAGUGGACGUGGACCUUCCUGAUGUGGAGCUGGAAGGACCCGAAGGGAAACUCAAAGGCCCCAAGUUCAAGAUGCCCGAGAUGCACAUCAAGGGCCCCAAAUUCUCCAUGCCUGACGUUGACUUCAACCUGAAGGGCCCCAAAGUGAAGGGGGACGUGGACGUGUCCGUGCCCCACAUGGAGGGCGACCUGAAGGGCCCCGACGUGGACAUCAAAGGCCCCAAAGUGGACGUGGACCUUCCCGACGUGGAUGUCCAUGGCCCCGAGGGCAAAUGGAAGCGGCCCAAGUUCAAGAUGCCCAAAUUCUCCAUGCCUGGCUUCAAGGCAGAGGGCCCCGAGGUGGACGUGGAGCUGCCCAGCGCGGACCUGGAGGUGUCCGGCCCCAAAGUGGACAUUGGAGGACCAGAAGUGGACGUGUCCUUGCCCGAGGGGAAAGUGAAGGGCCCCAAGUUCAAGAUGCCCGAGAUCAAGACGACCAAAAUCUCCAUGCCCGACGUCGACCUGAACCUGAAAGGCCCCAAAGUGAAGGGAGACGUAGAUGUGUCCGUGCCCAAGUUGGAAGGCGACCUGAAAGGUCCUGACAUUGACAUCAAAGGCCCCAAAGUGGACGUGGACCUUCCCGACGUGGACUUUGACUUGAGCUUGAAGGGCCCCAAAGUGAAGGGGGACGUGGACGUGUCCGUGCCAAAGAUUGAGGGCGACCUGAAGGGCCCUGAUGUGGACAUCAAAGGCCCCAAAGUGGACGUGGACCUUCCUGAUGUGGACAUUGAGGGCCCAGACGGGAAACUCAAAGGCCCCAAGUUCAAGAUGCCUGAGAUGCACUUCAAGACACCAAAGAUCUCCAUGCCCGACAUCGACCUGAACCUGAAGGGCCCCAAAGUGAAGGGAGACGUGGAUGUGUCUGUGCCCCGUUUGGAAGGGGACCUGAAGGGCCCCAGCGUGGACAUCAAAGGCCCCAAAGUGGACGUGGACCUUCCCGAUGUUGAGUUGGAAGGUCCUGAGGGGAAACUGAAAGGCCCCAAGUUCAAGAUGCCCGAGAUGCACAUCAAGGCCCCCAAGAUCUCCAUGCCCGAUGUUGACUUCAACCUGAAGGGCCCCAAAGUGAAGGGGGAUGUGGACGUGUCCGUGCCCAAGUUGGAAGGGGACCUGAAAGGUCCUGACAUUGACAUCAAAGGCCCCAAAGUGGACGUGGACCUUCCCGACGUGGACGUUCACGGCCCCGAGGGCAAAUUCAAGCUGCCCAAGUUCAAGAUGCCCAAAUUCUCCAUGCCUGGCUUCAAGGCAGAGGGCCCCGAAGUGGACGUGGAGCUGCCAAAAGGGGACGUGGACGUUUCCGUCCCCAAAGUGGACAUUGAGGCUCCGAGCGUGGACGUGACCUUGCCCGAGGGGAAAGUGAAGGGCCCCAAGUUCAAGAUGCCUGAGAUGCACUUCAAGGCCCCCAAGAUCUCCAUGCCCGACUUCGAUCUGAGCCUGAAGGGCCCCAAAGUGAAGGGGGACGUGGACGUGUCCGGGCCAAAGAUUGAGGGCGACCUGAAGGGCCCUGACAUUGACAUCAAAGGCCCCAAAGUGGACGUGGACCUUCCUGAUGUGGAGUUGGAAGGACCCGAAGGGAAAGUGAAGGGCCCCAAGUUCAAGAUGCCCGAGAUGCACAUCAAGGCCCCCAAGAUCUCCAUGCCCGACUUCGAUCUGAACCUGAAGGGCCCCAAAGUGAAGGGGGACGUCGACGUGUCCGUGCCCAAACUGGAAGGCGACCUGAAAGGUCCUGACAUUGACAUCAAAGGCCCCAAAGUGGACGUGGACCUUCCUGAUGUUGAGUUGGAAGGUCCUGAGGGGAAACUCAAAGGCCCCAAGUUCAAGAUGCCCGAGAUGCACAUCAAGGCACCAAAGAUCUCCAUGCCCGACUUUGAUCUGAACCUGAAGGGCCCCAAAGUGAAAGGAGACGUGGACGUGACUGUUCCAAAAAUUGAGGGCGACCUGAAAGGCCCCGAUGUGGACAUCAAAGGCCCCAAAGUGGACGUGGACCUUCCCGACGUGGACAUUGAGGGCCCAGAGGGAAAAGUGAAGGGCCCCAAGUUCAAGAUGCCCGAGAUGCACAUCAAGACACCAAAAAUCUCCAUGCCUGACUUUGACUUGAGCCUGAAGGGCCCCAAAGUGAAGGGGGACGUGGACGUGUCCGUGCCCAAGAUUGAGGGCGACCUGAAGGGCCCCGAAGUGGACAUCAAAGGCCCCAAAGUGGACGUGGACCUUCCUGACGUGGACAUUGAGGGCCCAGAGGGGAAACUCAAAGGCCCCAAGUUCAAGAUGCCCGAGAUGCACAUCAAGACACCAAAGAUCUCCAUGCCCGACAUCAACCUGAACCUCAAGGGCCCCAAAGUGAAAGGAGAUGUGGAUGUGUCAGUACCCAAAGUAGAAGGAGACCUGGGAGGUGUUGGCCUGGAAUUGAAAGGACCCAAAGUGGACGUGGACGUUCCCGACGUGGACGUGGAAGGAGCGCAAGGGAAGUGGAAAGGCCCCAAAAUGAAGAUGCCCGAGAUGCACUUUAAGGCUCCGAAAAUUUCGAUGCCCGACUUCGAUCUGAACCUGAAAGGCCCCAAAGUGAAAGGAGACGUGGACGUGGCUGCGCCGUGCGUGGAAGGUGGAGUGAAAGGAGUGAACGUGGACGUGAAGGGUCCGGAGGUGGACGUCGCUGCUCCAGGGCUGAGCCUGGAGGGCCCCGAGGGGAAAGUGAAGGGCCCCAAGUUCAAGAUGCCCGAGAUGCACUUCAAGGCCCCCAAGAUCUCCAUGCCCGACUUUGAUCUGAACUUGAAGGGCCCCAAAGUGAAAGGAGACGUUGAUGUGUCCGUGCCAAAGCUGGAAGGGGACCUGAAAGGCCCCGAUGUGGACAUCAAAGGCCCCAAAGUGGACGUGGACCUUCCUGAUGUGGACAUUGAGGGCCCAGAGGGGAAAGUGAAGGGCCCCAAGUUCAAGAUGCCCGAGAUGCACUUCAAGGCCCCCAAGAUCUCCAUGCCUGACUUCGAUCUGAACCUGAAGGGCCCCAAAGUGAAGGGGGACGUGGACGUGUCCGUGCCCAAGAUUGAGGGCGACCUGAAGGGCCCCGAUGUGGACAUCAAAGGCCCCAAAGUGGACGUGGACCUUCCCGAUGUGGAGCUGGAAGGACCCGAAGGGAAACUCAAAGGCCCCAAGUUCAAGAUGCCCGAGAUGCACUUCAAGACACCAAAGAUCUCCAUGCCCGACAUUGACCUGAAUCUGAAGGGCCCCAAAGUGAAGGGAGACGUGGACGUGACCGUGCCCAAGUUGGAAGGGGACCUGAAAGGUCCUGACAUUGACAUCAAAGGCCCCAAAGUGGACGUGGACCUUCCCGACGUGGACAUUGAGGGCCCAGAGGGGAAACUGAAAGGCCCCAAGUUCAAGAUGCCCGAGAUGCACAUCAAGGCCCCCAAGAUCUCCAUGCCCGACUUUGAUCUGAACCUGAAGGGCCCCAAAGUGAAGGGGGACGUGGAUGUGUCUGCUCCAAAGAUUGAGGGCGGCCUGGAAGGCCCCAACGUUGACAUCAAAGGCCCCAAAGUGGACGUGGAUCUUCCUGAUGUGGACAUUGAGGGCCCAGAGGGGAAACUGAAAGGCCCCAAGUUCAAGAUGCCCGAGAUGCACAUCAAGGCACCAAAGAUCUCCAUGCCUGACUUUGAUCUGAGCCUGAAGGGCCCCAAAAUGAAGGGGGAUGUGGACGUGUCCGUGCCCAAACUGGAAGGAGACCUGAAAGGUCCUGACAUUGACAUCAAAGGCCCCAAAGUGGACGUGGACCUUCCCGACGUGGACGUUCACGGCCCCGAGGGCAAAUUCAAGCUGCCCAAGUUCAAGAUGCCCAAAUUCUCCAUGCCUGGCUUCAAAGGGGAUGGGGUGGACGUGGACAUGCCCGAGAUGCACAUCAAGGCACCAAAGAUCUCCAUGCCCGAUGUUGACUUCAACCUGAAGGGCCCCAAAGUGAAGGGGGACGUGGACGUGUCCGUGCCCAAGUUGGAAGGAGACCUGAAGGGCCCCGACGUGGACAUCAAAGGUCCUAAAAUUGACGUGGACCUUCCCGACGUGGACGUUCCCAGCCCCGAAGGUAAAGUCAAGCUGCCCAAGUUCAAGAUGCCCAAAUUUGGGGUCCCCGGCUUCAAGGCAGAGGGCCCCGAGGUGGACGUUGGUCUCCCCGGCGCCGAUGUCGCUGUGUCCGGCCCGAAGGUCGACGUCGCUCUUCCUGACGUGGACAUCGAAGGACCCGAGGGCAAACUGAAGGGCCCCAAAUUGAAGAAACCCGAAUUCGGCGUCCCCAAAAUCUCCAUGCCCGACAUCGACCUCCAUUUGAAGGGCCCCAAAGUGAAGGGCGACGUCGAUCUGUCCGCUCCCAAAAUGGAGGCGGAGCUGAAGGGUCCCAAAAUGGAGCUGAAGGGGCCGGAGUUGGAGGUCGAGGCGCCCAAGAUCGAUGUGGAAGCCAAGGGCAAAAAAUCCCGCUUCAAACUGCCCAAAUUCGGCUUUUCCGGCCCCAAAGUGCAAGGCCCCGAGGUGGACGUCAAGCUGAAGAAACCCGAGGUGGAGAUGGCCGGCCCCAAAGCGGAGCUUCAAGGCCCGGAGGUGGACGUCCAAGCGAAAGCGAAAGGCUCCAAGUUCAAAAUGCCGUUCCUCAGCAUUUCCUCCCCCAAAGUUUCGAUGCCGGACGUGGAGCUGAACCUGAAAGGGCACAAAGUGAAGGGAGAGCUCGACCUGAGCGGCCCCAAAGUGGAGGGGGACGUGAAGGGGCCGGAGGUGGACGUCAGAGGUCCCAGUGUGGGCAUCGAGGCGCCCGACGUGGACGUGUCGGGUCCGGAAGGGAAACUGAAAAUGCCCAAAUUCAAAAUGCCCAAAUUUGGGCUGAAGGGCGAAGGGCCGGAGCUGGAGGUCGGCGUUCCCAAAGGAGAAGUGGAGCUGGAAGGUCCCCAGGUGGAAAUGGAAGGCCCCGAGGGGAAGGGGAAGGGGCUCCACUUCAAAAUGCCCGAGAUGCACAUCAAGGGCCCCAAGAUCUCCAUGCCCGACGUCGACUUCAACCUGAAGGGCCCCAAAGUGAAGGGGGACGUGGACGUGUCCAUGCCAAAGAUUGAGGGCGACCUGAAGGGCCCCGACGUGGACAUCAAAGGCCCCAAAGUGGACGUGGACCUUCCUGAUGUGGACAUUGAGGGCCCAGACGGGAAAGUGAAGGGCCCCAAGUUCAAGAUGCCCGAGAUGCACAUCAAGGCACCAAAGAUCUCCAUGCCUGACUUCGACCUGAACCUGAAGGGCCCCAAAGUGAAGGGGGACGUGGACGUGUCUGUGCCAAAGCUGGAAGGGGACCUGAAAGGUCCUGACAUUGACAUCAAAGGCCCCAAAGUCGAUGUGGACCUUCCUGAUGUGGAGCUGGAAGGCCCAGAGGGGAAACUCAAAGGCCCCAAGUUCAAGAUGCCUGAGAUGCACAUCAAGGCCCCCAAGAUCGAUCUGAAGGGUCCCGGCCUCGAUCUGAAGGGUCCCAAAGUCGAUGUCGAGUGCCCAGACGUGGACGUGGAAGUUGCGGAGGGAAAACUGAAACUCCCGAAGAUGAAGCUGCCGAAAUUCGGGCUGAAAGGAGACGGCCCCGAGGUGGACGUCGAGCUGCCCAAGGGAGGAGUCGAGGUGUCGGGCCCCGAGGUGAGCGUCGAGGGAAAAGUGAAGGGUCCCAAAGGGAAGGUGCCCGAAAUGCACGUGAGCGUGCCCCAGAUCUCCAUGCCCGACAUCGACCUGAGCCUGAAAGGGCACAAAAUGAAGGGAGGGUUUGACCUCACGGCCCCCAAGGUCGAGGGGAGCCUGAAGGGACCCGACGUCGCCGUCCAAGGGCCCGAAUUCGGGGUGAAAAGCCCCGAAUUGGACGUCGAGUGCCCCGAGCUGAGCGUCGAGGGGCCGGAGGCGAACGUCAGGGCUCCCAAAUUCAAGAAACCGAAAUUCGGGUUCGGGAUGAAGGGUCCCAAGGGCGACGCCAAGCUCCCGGAGGCGGAGAUCCCGGAGGCCGAGCUGAGCGCCGACCUCCCCGAGCUCAAGGGCAAGAAGAGCAAAUUCAAGAUGCCCAAAAUCCACGUGAGCGGCCCCAAAGUGAAAGGGAGGAAGGGCGGCUUCGACGUGAGCGUGCCGGGAGCGGAGGGGGACGCGGGGCUGAGAUGCCCCGAGGUGGAAGUCGGCGCGGGCGGCCCCGACGUGACGACCAAGUCCCCCAAAGGGAGGAAAGCCGUGUUCGGGAAGAUCUCCUUCCCCGACGUCGAGUUCGACCUGAAGUCGCACCGAUCCCGGGGGGACGCGGCGAGAGCGGAAGGGGAACUGAAAGCGCCGGAGCUGGAGGGGAAAGGUCCGAGCGUGGAGGUGGGAGCGACGGAGUGGGGCGUGAAGAAAGCGAAAGCGGCCGCUCCGGGGCUGGGGUUGAAGGCGGAGGGCGACCUGCAGGGCCCCGGCGUCGGCGUCACCCUGCCCUCGGUGGAGCUGGAGCUGCGAGGACCAAAAGGCGGCGGGGAAGCCGAAGGAACGCUGAGCGCGGGGCUGCGAGGACCCGAAUUCGAGGUGAACCUGCGAGGACCAAAAGCCGAGGGCGAAAGCGGCGCGGAGCUGGGAGGGUUGGGAGGGAAAGCGGCCCGGCUGACGGCGCCGAGCGCGGACGGCAUCGAGCCCAGCAUGGGCGGCUCCGUCCCGGCCUUGGAGAGCCCGGGGCUCCGGCUCCGGCGCGGCGCUGAGCUGCGUGGGCCCUCGCUCGCCGCGUCCGCCCCGGAUCUCAACGCCAAGGGAGAAUUGGGCGUCUCCGUCAAAUCCCCGGUGGCGUCGCUGGACUCGGCCGGCGUCGGAGCCGAGGGGCUGGGUGCCACCGUCAAGCUCCCGUCGCUGCAGCUUCCCCGCUUCGGCGUCAACGGGGUGGAGGCGGAAGGAACCGGCGCGGCCGGCGUCUCCUCUCCCAAACGGAGCCAAGGUCCCGGGGAGGGCGGCGGGGAACCCAGGGUGACCUUCCCCAAACUGCGCGUGCCCAGAUUCCAUUUCUGCGAGGCCGAAGCCAAGGGCAGGGAGGCGGCGGUGGACGUGGAGUUCCCGGGCGCGGAAGCGGGCGGGCGAGCGGAGCCGGAAGCGGAAGACGCCAAAGGGAAGAAAUCCAAACUCAAGAUGCCCAAAUUCGCUUUCUCCAAGGGGAAGGGGAAAGCGGGGGCGGCCCCCGGUUCCCCCGAGCCGCCUUCUUCCCCCGGGGGGGGUUCCCGGGGCGAGUUGAAGAGCUCCAAGGGCAGCCUGGGUUCGGCCGAGGGGGACGAGGCCGGGGACGCGUCCCCGACCCGGGGGGUGUUCUCCAUCUUCAAGAGCCGUAAGACGCGGCACCGCUCGUCGUCCUUCAGCGCGGAGCCGCCGGAACCGGAGGGAACGCAGGGGAAAGCCAAGUUCGGGACGUUCGGAGGCGUGGGGUCCCGCGGGAAGGCCGGCGCCGAGGGGACGGGGCCGGGGGGAGAGGAGCAGCGGCCCCCCCAGGCUUCCUCGGCCUCGCUGGAGCGCGGCUGCACAUAGGGACGGGGCCGGGCGGCCGCCCACGCUGCCUCUUGCCUUUCCUUUUUCUUCCCUUUUUUUUUGCCUCUUUCCUUUCGUUUUUUUUUGCCUCUUGCCCCCUUUCCCCUUCCCCCCCUUUUCUUCCUUUUUUUUUUUUUUUUAAGCAUUUUUUGUCCCCCCCCCCGUCCCCUCCCGUUCCCGUCUGGCCGAUGCUCACUUCACGUUUCCCUGGGUUCCCUCAUUUCCCCCGGGUCGGUAUUUCCCCCAUUUUUUUACCAAAUUCCGGGCCGUUUUUCCCUUUUUUUCCACAACAUUUUGCUCCCCGUUUCCCCUUCUUCCCAAAAUUUGGGUUCGUAUUUUCCCCUUUUUCCCCCAAUGUCAAUUCCUAGCUCCCCAUUCCCCCAAAAUUUCAGUUCCUAUUUCCCCUCUUCCCCCAAAAUUUGGGUUCAUUUUUUCCCUUUUCCCCAGAAUUUCGGUUCAUAUUUCCCUCUUUUCCUGAAAUUUUGCUUCAUUUUUUCCCCUUUUCCCAAGAAUUUUGGUUCCUGUCUCCCAUUUUUCACAAGAUUUUGGUCCGUGCUUCCCCUCUUCCCCAAGAUUUCGGUCCAUAUUUCCCCUUUUUCCCAACAUUUUGGAUCCAUAUUUCCCCUUCUUCCCCAAAUUUCACUUCAUAUUUCCCCUUUUUCCUGAAAUUUUGGUUCAUUGUUUCCCUUUUCCCAACCCUUUGGUUCAUAUUUCCCUUUUUUCCCCAUCAUUUUAGCUCAUAUUUCCCCUUUUUUUCCCAACAUUUGGAUCCAUAUUUCCCCUUUUUUCCAAAAUUUGGGUUUGUAUCUCCCCUUUUUCCCCAAAUUUCAGUUCCUAUUUCCCCAUUUUCCCAACAUUUUGACCCACAUUCCCCCUUUACCCAAAAUUUCGGUCCCUAUUUCCCCAUUUUC